AUGGUUUUUGGAUCGGGAAACAACAAACCGGCGAAAGACUCUGAAAUCGACGAGAAUCAGCAGGAAUUUGAGAAGACGCUGAAGAAGGCGGAAGACUCCUUCAAGGAACUGGUGAGUUCGACCAACACUUUGGCGUCUGAUCUCGCUUACCGGUCAAUGGAGCUCUGGGACAAGGCUAGAAAUCAGGCUAACGACGUGGGCAGUCUGUGGGAAAAACCGAGCUCCAAUGCGGGUUCCCUAGAGCAAAACACCACUGCUAGUGUCACUACUGAUCUCGAUAAGUUUAUAUCUUCUCACUUAGGUGCGUUUGAAAGGCUUUUCGACGACUCAGAGCCAAUUAUAGACAAGUCGCCUUUCUUCUGGGGCCGUCGUCGUCGCGGAGGAUUCCAGAAGUCGAACGAAUACGGCAUGUGGGCUUAUCCAACCCCCUCGCCAGAGUUGUAUCGCAGUUGCCUUGAAAAGCAAGGACUGUCCGGGUGGGACGAGAGAGGAUACUGGAGAUGUUUGUUUCCACGUGGAAUAAUUCCUGCAGACGCCAAAGGCAUUUUAACCAAAGAAGAUGUUGAGCAAGGCUUGAAGGAGGGAAAGUUCUUCCCACAGGUGACCGAUUAUCUCGACUGGAAAGGCGCCAUGAAGGAGAACAUGAAGGAGCAAAGACGGGAGCGUUGGAAUCGCAAGAAGCGCGAAUGGGCCCAAUAUCAAGAGCAGGAGAAGAAGAAGUGGGACGGAGUUUUGGCCAGCGACAACUCCAAGAGUAGCGGACUGUGGGCCAAAGACCCAGAGGCCAAUUCUCCACGCGGUGACGUGACUGGAUCAUCAUCUUCGUAUUCGUUUCGCUCACUUCCUGAUGGGUCCACUGAAAAAGUUUCCACAACACAGCAAUGGUUCGCAGACGGAACCUCGAAGGUUUCGGAAAAGAAGACGGUUGUUGAUGCUGCAGGCAAGGAGAACAUCUCCGAGUUUACUAAGUCACUAGGCCCUUCCAAAGCAGCUGAUUCUGCUGCAAUAGCGGAUACCCCUUCCAAGGGCUGGUUCUGGGAUUCCAAGGAAUGA